UUUUGCAGGUUUCACGAUUAAUUAAUUCAGAAUGUCAGAACCCACAAACAAAAUUAGACGUGUCCUAUUUAAUGACAAUGGAGCCAUCACCCAAUGAUGAGGUGAUAUCCGUAUUGAGAGAAGAGAUGAAGCUGCUCCGUGAACAAAAUGCUGUGCUUAUGAAAAAACUAGAUGUAAUGGCGGAGAAGCUCGCAGAAGCCACCGCCCUUAUCAAAGUGAGCGUUAAGGUGGAUGAGGUCCCGGCUGCUAUGAGCUUGUCAAUAAAGUCGGAGGAGGAGCUCGAUCGUUUUAAGGAGUCAUUGACUCCUCAGAUAAAAGAUUUCUACAUAAAUAAAGUUCGGAAGAUGCUGGAAAGCUGCACCCUCUCUAAGUGCCUGAAAAGUGUUGUAAAUGAGAAUACAAUCAACACAUACAAUUUAGACGGCACUUGCGGCAAAAAGCGGCUAAAAAGCAGAGUUGGCCUGUAUUCGAUUCUCAAAGAAGCAUUGGAGCAAAUAAAUCCAAUAGACUCGGCCGAUAGAUCAAUAAGAAAGGCGAUCCAAAAUGUAAAAAAUAACACCACAAAGAAGAAUACCAGAAAUAAAUAAAAAAUAAUAUUGACACUUAAAA